AUGGGAUGCUGUCAAGCAGGAGGGCCUAUUGGUACCAAUACACGUUACCCGCGUGUACGAGCAAUACCCACGGCUGUUGAAGAAGAGCAAGAGGAUUACCGCGAAGAUGCAGUGGAGGAAAGCGAUGAACAAAUGACCGCUGAUCUUACUGCAGAACCAACUUCAGAGGAGUGGAUCAGCAAUAACGGGUAUAAAAAAAUACAUGCCACUCCAGCACUACUGCAAGAAAGCAAUGGCGUUCCACCGGAUUCAUCAAAGAAACGAAAUGCUGAAGAUGUUGUGGAUGUUGACGGCGUUGAUGCCGAAUUAAUGGGCACGUCAUGCUUAUCGAUUAUUCCACCUUGCGAUGAUGACAAGCUCAUGAUUGAUGGCUUCGACGCUACAUACGCCUUUUUCAACUUCCAACAAUCCCUGCUGUCACACAAAUGGAAACUUUCACUGGAAGAUGGAAGAUCAUGUCCACUAUGCCCUGGCGUCGACAUGAAUUUAUUCUGGUCUCGAUAUCAGUAUUCCGAAGAUUUUCUGCCAUUUUUCUUUUGCCGUUACGAUUGGAACCCCCCUCGGCCGCUCUUCGUGACCUUUUACAACUGGAGCCCAACCUCUAAAGGCAAUCUCUUGACUGGUCCUGAUCGCAAACGGCUCAUCGAAGCCUAUCCCUCGAUUGACACUCCACUGAGCGCCGUCCUGAGACGUACCAGGCUAUGA